AUGAAGCUCGUGCUUUACUUCACCCUCCUCACCUCUACAGUGCAUGCUGCUCUGCUGAGAAAGAGACAAACGUGGCCGCAGGUGUGCGACCCCUCUCGCUGCCCGCCGCUGCCCCGGGCCUGUUUCUACGGGCAGGUGAAGGACGGCUGCUGCGUGGUGUGUGCGGCCGGAGAGGGCGACUCAUGCGGCGGAGGCCUCUCCUGCGGUGAAGGGCUGCUGUGCGACUCUGUCGGCGGGCUCCGCAGCUCCUGCGUGUGCACCUCCUCCGGCCCCGUGUGUGGCAGCGAUGGCCAGAGCGUCUGCCGCCUGAGAGCCGAGAACAGGAGGGCCGAGCUCAGGGAAACCCCCCCGGUCAUCUUGAUCCAGAGGGGGUGCGGCUCCGGGUUCGUAGUGUCGGAGGACGGCUGGAUCCUCACAAACGCUCACGUGCUCGCCAACAAGCAGCGCAUAAAAGUCGAGCUGAAGAGCGGCUCGCAUUACGACGCUACAGUGAAGGACGUGGACCAGAAGAUGGACAUCGCACUCAUCAAGAUCCAACCGGAUGGUCCUCUGCCCGUGCUUCGCCUCGGCCAGUCCUCAGACCUGCGUCCCGGUGAGUUCGUGGUGGCGGCGGGAAGUCCUAAUUCUGGCGGGCCACUUGUCAACUUGGAUGGAGGUGUAAUUGGCAUAAAUACUCUUAAAGUUGCAGCAGGAAUCUCGUUUGCCAUCCCUGCAGACAGAAUACGGCAGUUCCUCGCUGAUUCCUACAACAGACAAGUCAACACUAAGAUUCCUAAAAUCCAGAUCCAGCUCUAA